GCAAGAAUUUAGAUGAGUAAUUAUCCAAUACUCCAAUCUCAUGGAAUGCACUUUGAUUUUCAUGUCUCAAUCUCUUCCUCUUUUUCUCUUCUUCCAUGGCCUCUCCACCUAAUUUCUUCUUCACUCCAUGCCUCCCUCUAUUCCACCGGAUAUGACAAUGGUCGCUGCCCUAAACCACCUCUCCAAACACCCUCCUUGCGGCGGCCCAGGCGGCGGCGACCACCUCAUGAAUGGUGGCCCUCCAAUUUCUGAUCAAUAUUCUUCCUCUUCUUGCAUACGAUCUAAUCCUCCCAUGGCGGAUGAUGAUGAGUCCUCACCUAAUUCUCUUCAUCAUCAAUCCCCUUCCAAUACUGAUCAUGAUGCUUGGCUUCAAUUAAGCAUCGGCCGUGUCGGCGUCGUCGGUGGAGACCAAUAUGUGAUACCUCGAACCACCUCCCCUUUGGUCGAGCUAGAUCUAUUACCCGGUGGCCAUCACCCUCGAGAUAUUCCAACCGAUCCUACGUGGGUUUUGGAUAUCUCGAGCCCUGAGGCUGUAAUUACAUCCAAAACCGAGACGGAGACGGAGACGGAGACAGGAAUAGGGAUGCCGAUGCCUUUGUGUUCUUCUUUCAAUUUGACUGAUAUCAACGUAGCUCAAACGUACCCGUCGACAUCGACCAUGUUAUCUUCUUCUUCUUUUCACUCGAGCAUACCAUCUAUCAGGGUCGACACCACGGCGGCCGGGCCAAGCUCCGAUAUCAGAAUCAUAAACCCUCCCCGGCGACCCGGUUCGGGUAUUUGGUUUACAUUAAAAGCCUUGGAAAAUCAAAGAAAGCAACCAUUUUUGCCUCAGAUAUCAAAAAGCUAUUUAAGAAUCAAGGACGAAAAGAUCAAAGUUCGUUCGAUUAUGAAGUAUUUGGUUAAUAAGCUGAAUCUCGAUAGGGAAUCAGAGGUAGAGAUAAGAUGUAGAGGGCAAGAAGUGCUUCCAUUUUGGACAUUGGCGGACGUAAGAGAUAGGAUUUGGUGUAGUUCUUCAUCAGACUCGCCCAUCACUUGCUCUCCUCACUCCUCAACCUUAAAUCACUUGAUGCUCCUUCACUAUGGAAGGAAGGAUUAA